AUGUUCGUAAUUUAUGAGCAACAUAAAUUGGGCCUACCGAAUAGUAUUAUACUGAUUGAUGCAGAAGAAGUGAAAAGUGAGCCACAUUUUCAAGGAUCAAUAGAACACUUUUGUCUUGGUAGACUGAUGCGACAGCUGUACAUUUGCCCUAGAUACAGUGUUAAGAGAUGGAGGAGGCAUAUGGGGACAUGUGUGCUUCUGCUGGGAAUCUCCAUAGUGUCUAUACUCUUUGGUGGAGGCUCCACCAAAGUGUAUGUUUGGUUGUCAGGUCAUCUGUGGUGUGAAUAUUCUUUACCUACAAACUUCGAUUGUAGAGGUCUAGAGGAAGUUCUGUACCUUUGCCAGCGGUCGUCGGUUGCGAAAAUGGCUCUUCUAAGCAGCAGGAUUUUCUUUAAUUCUCACCGGCCUCUGUCUGUUUCUGCUGCAAGAUUAGCAGACAAAAUGAUGGCAGACCCGAUUGAACAUGCUACAGGGAAAGAGAAGCGGGAGCUCCUGGCCCAGCUAGCAGGAAAUGACGAUCCUUACCAUUCGAAGGCAAUAAAGAGAAUGUCAACAUCAUCAAAAGCGAACCCUAACCCUGUUCCAUCUGCGUUUGAUUCACGUAUUGUUGGCUGCAUAUGUGAAGAAGAUGCUACCCACAUUAAAUGGAUGUGGGUGUACAAAGGAAUUCCAACACGGUGCGCUUGUGGCCAUUGGUUUCAGCUUGUAGAGAAACCACCAUUGUAAAUAAUGAUAGUAGGAAGUGUUGGACAUAGUUUACUUAUUUUCCUUGGAUGUUUUGAAGUGGUGCAUCACUAGGUGUAUUAUUGAAUAAAGUUGCCUUUCAUUUCAGAAGGAUGCUGUAUAGAUUAUUAUGUAAAUAAUACAAAUAAAAAGUGUGAAGUCA